GCUUGAAAGUGAUAUUCUUUUUAAAUAUUGGCAUUAAAAAAUUUUAGCAGAAGAAAUCGGCAAGGGUAUUUUUUGUUGACCUUUUUAAAUAAAAGCAGCCCUUGCUGCAGAUUUAUUAAAAUAAUAAAUUUGUUCAUAUUUAAACGAAGUAAAAAUGUUAAGAAUUAAAAGCUCUAUCCCUUUAUGUGUACGAAGUAGCUCGAAGUAUUUUGGUUUAAAAUUAUUUAAUGUUAAACAACGACCUCAAGUUAUAAUAGCAAUUUACAGAACGAAAUUUUAUUACUCAAAACUGCCAAAUCUUUACCAAAAUUGUUUUUUGGACAGUUCACCAUUAUUCCAUGUCAGAAAUUUUUCUACAGGGUAUUCAAGGAUCUGGUCCCGGUGGUCGAAUUAGAGCACAAGACCUUGAUAAAGCUGUUCCUUCUGCUGCUCCUGCAGGUAUAUCUUCUGCCCAAUAUACUGAUAUACCUUUGACUAAUGUGAGACAGGUCAUAGCUCGCCGUCUCCUUCAGUCUAAGCAGACUAUACCACAUUAUUAUCUUUCUGUUGAUGUGGUGAUGGAUAGGAUUUUACGUUUACGAGGUGAACUUAAUAAAAUGAUGGAGAAAGAGGGUGUGAAAUUAUCAGUUAAUGACUUUAUUGUAAAAGCUUCAGCUUUGGCAUGUAAAAAAGUACCAGCAGUUAAUUCUUCGUGGAUGGACUCUUUUAUUCGUCAAUAUAAUGAUGUUGACGUGAGUGUUGCUGUGAGUACAGAUGCAGGGCUUAUCACACCAAUCGUCUUCAAUGCAGACUCAAAAGGCUUAUCAGAUAUUAGUUCAGACACUAAAAGAUUAGCAAGCAAAGCUCGUGAAGGUAAAUUGAGGCCUGAAGAAUUUCAGGGAGGCACUUUCACUAUAUCAAAUCUAGGGAUGUUUGGGAUUAAGAAUUUUUCUGCUGUAAUUAACCCUCCUCAGUCCUGCAUUCUUGCUGUGGGUGGAACUCAAAAGACUAUGAUACCAGAUGAUUCAAGGGAAGUUGGAUACCGAACAGCUCAAGUAAUGAGCGUUACACUAAGUUGUGAUCAUAGAGUUGUUGAUGGUGCUGUUGGGGCACAGUGGCUAUCCCAUUUCAAAAAAUUAUUAGAACAACCAGAAACUAUGCUACUGUAAAUAUUUAAGUUAUAAGAAAAAUGUCCUUGAAAUAUUAAAAUUCUUCUUAUUGUUCAUAUCCAAAAUACUUUAUGAAGUUAUUAUUCAAAUUGUAUCAUAGAUGAUUUUGUACAUAUCUUCUUUAUUUAAAGUGCAAUCUGUUAAAAAAAUUAAUUUUUUAGUAGAAAUUUGUCACACAAAACCUAGAUACUCAUAUUUUUGUUUUCGAAAAUAAAAUGUCUUUUUAUUUGUGUUUA